AUGAGCAGCGAAGACCUACAGGAUAAAACUCUCUCUUACCUGGAAUCUACAUUUGUGAAGUACAAGAAAUUACUUUUUCUAAUUUCCAAAACUGUCCGAGUAAAGAAAAAAAAAGUCAUCGAAGUAGAGACCGAACUGGAAAACACCGUAUGGAGGAAAAAACAUACAUCGGAUAGAGUAUUGAAGCAAGCUACACUGGGAUUGCUGAUGGGGAAAUAUCGGAAAUGCACCAAAAUCUACACCGACGCCUCCAAGGCGGAAGACAGAUGUGGGAUAGGCAUUUUCGACGAAACCAACAAAUAUCGACUGAAUUUGAAACUACAAAACACAGUAUGCAGUAUGUCGGCAGAGCUGGAGGCCAUAUACGUGGCAUUACAAUAUGUUGAAAAAAGGCAAAUCUACAAUGCAGUUAUUCUGACGGAUUCAAAAUCAGGAUGUGAACUGAUUAAACAUCAAAUGGACAAUAACGAGCAGGAUGAAAUUAUCCAUGCGAUAAUAAGUAAGGCUGCGAUGAUGAAGUCAAAGAUCCAGUGGAUUCCCGGACACGUAAACGUGCAAGGAAAUGAGACGGCAGACGCGUUAGCAAAAUUAGGACUGAAUCAAACUAACGAAGCAUCUAACAAGAUAUUUCCACACGACGCUAUAAACAAGUGCAAGGAAAUGGUAACGGAAGAAGUCCAAGAGUGGUACGUGAAUUACACCCAAGAGGAAGGAAAAGGACGGAAGUUUUUCCAGUUUCAGACUGGAAUCAACCCUAAACCAUGGCAUCAAAAUCUAUCACUAACCAACUCCGAAGUUAGAACACUAAAUAGAUUGAUUGCGGGUCAUGACUACUCACCAUACUGGCUAAGCAUCAUGCACAUCAAAGAUGAGAUGUACUGCGAGCUGUGCCAAACCCCGAACACCUCAGAGCACAUUAUACUAAAUUGUAUUAAACACUUGCAUCUCCGAGACAAACACAAACUGGAUUCUUACUUUAAAAUACAAGAUGUAUUUGAGACCAAAGAUGUUGCAAAUUUAAAAGGCUAA